AUGGGGCAGCCCAUUGUAGAGACACUGCUGGUCUUCGGAGCCUUCGGGCUACUUUGGGUCUCGUAUGAAUAUCUGCGACCGGGUAGUCUCCUACGGCGGCUAGGGAGCAAGGGGCGUAGGCUGCCUCCCGGUCCCCCAGGGCUCCCUAUCUUCGGAAACAUGUUCCAAUUCACGAGAGCCCGGGAUGCAGGCUUAUGGGGCCCGUUCCUGGCUUCAUUACGGCAAUACGGUCCGAUGACGACGCUGCACAUGGGCUCCCAGACCUGGGUGGUGCUGAAUGACCCGCAAGUAGCUACUGAUAUCAUCAAUAAACAUGGGAAGAUUACCAGCGAGCGGCCAGAGAUGCCCAUUGCCAGUGAUUUGGUCAGUCACGGUUUGCGCACCGUGAUUCGUCCCACUGCUGCGUGGACCGAGGGGAGACGGGUGAUGCACCACCUGCUUAGCGGAUCGGUUCUGCGCAUAUACGGUAACUGGCAGGAGAUUGAGUCGCUCCAGAUGCUGUCUGCUUAUCUACAAGAGCCCAAGCGCUGGUACGCGCAUCACUAUCGCUACUCCAUUGCCGUGCUCUACCGUCUCGUCAUGGGCGAGAAUCUCUCCAAGACACAGGCUGAGUUAAAUGACUACCAGAAGGUCACGAUGGAGUUCACCUUGAGCUUGCUCCACAGCAUGGUGGACUUCUUUCCCCAGCUGGAUCGCUGGAUCCCCACCUGCCUGCAGUGGUGGCGGCCCUACUGGGCGAAAAUGGGCGACUUCCAUCAUCAGGUGUUCAAGUCGUGGUGGGACCCCAUUCGCGAUGCCGUUCAUCAGGGGACAGCCAGCUCUGGCUUCGUGCGGGACACACUGCUCCAUCCGGACAUGCGGUACAAGGGCACCGAGGAGGAAGCCAUGUACCUCGCUACGUCCGUCAUCGCCGCCGGCAGCGACAAUACUCGCAUGACGCUCAACACUUUCAUCAUGGCGAUGAUCAGCCAUCCGGACACGAUGGCUCGCGCUCGCCAGGAGUUAGACGCCGUCUGUAUCAACGAAGAUGGUACGCUGAGACUUCCUGGCAUGGUGGACUUUGAGCGUCUACCCUACCUGGCUGCCAUGGUCAAAGAAGUCCUUCGCUGGCGGCCUACCACUCCUGUCACGCCCCAACAUCAGCUGACGGCCGACCUCGAAUAUGGAGGGUACCGUUUCCCGAAGGACAUGUUUCAUAAUUUUGAUCCAUCGCGCUGGCUGGACGGCAACGAGGGCAACAUCGUACAUAAUCUCUGGGCGUUUGGUGGUGGACGACGUAUCUGUGUCGGUUAUCGAGUUGCCCAGCAGGCACUAUACGUGGCUAUGGCACGAAUCAUCUUCUGUUUUGAUCUUUGUGCGGAUGGCCCCAUCAACACUCGGAAACUUAACCACUUUCACAUCCAUAACGAACCCUUUCCUGUUAAGGUGACGGUUCGUAGCCCCAAGCAUGAGCUGUUGAUCAAGGGAGAAGCAAAGAAAGCGGGAACAGCUUGUUGA